UCUUUGUUUUUGUUUACCUUUUUUCUUGUUGUUGUCAUUUCUUUAAUUGAUUGUUGUUGGAAUUGAGUAAUUGUUUCAUUGGUUCGAGUUGUGAUUCCAUUUUUGUGACAUGGCCUCUGCUACCCCACCACCUCCACCUCCACAGGUCCCACAACAACCAGCGCAACCACCUGGUCCACUUCAAGCAGCGUCGUUGAAACAAAUUCACUUUUUCAGUGGAAAUCAUAAUGUGGAAACAAUUAAGGGAAUUCUUCACAUUUAUAAAGAGAAUGAGAAAACUCCACUUGGUUUAGAAGAUGAAAGUAAAGACAUUGUUUGUAUCCACUCGAUACCAACUUCGAUGACCAUUCAUGAUCUGCUCCAAUUCACUGGUCCUGUGAACAAUAACAUUGAACACAUUCAAAUUGUUCGUAACUCGAAGCCCAAUCAAUUCAUGGCUUUGAUCAAAUUCUCGGAUGAAAAGAGUUCAGAUGAGUUUUACAAGAAUUUCAAUGGAGUUCAGUUUAAUUCAAUUGAACCGGAAAUUUGUCAUCUCGCUUAUGUGGCUAAAGUUGAGACAUUCAAAGAAACUUCUGAUGGAUGUUUACCUAUUGUUGGCCACGAAGAACUACCGACCUGUGCAGUUUGUCUCGAAAAAAUGGACGAAUCGGUCGAUGGAGUUUUGACAAUUCUGUGUAAUCACUCCUUCCAUUGUGGGUGUUUAGACAAAUGGGGUGACACAAGUUGCCCAGUUUGUCGUUACUGUCAAACACCAGAAAGUGUUCCUGAAAACAAUUGUUUCGCCUGUAAUUCACAAGAAUCCUUGUGGAUCUGUUUGAUUUGUGGUCACAUCGGAUGUGGUCGGUAUGUCGGAGGUCAUGCCAAGUCUCACUAUCUGGAGACUCAACAUACUUUUGCUCUCGACUUGAGUAUGGAUAAUCUAGUCUGGGAUUAUGCUGGAGAUAAUUAUGUUCACCGAUUAGUUCAAAACAAAUCAGAUGGUAAACCAGUGGCCGUUGAGUACGAAAAUCGAGCCGAGGAUAAGAUUGAUGCGGUCCAGUUGGAAUACACUUACUUGCUGACCAAUCAAUUGGAAGCUCAGAGACAUUUUUUCGAGGAGACGAUUCGCCUUAUUAAGAAAGAAGCCGAAGAAACAAGCAAAGAAUUGAUAGAAGAGAAUAAACUUCUCUUGGAGGAGAAGAAACAUUUCGAAGAUGAGAACCAACGUUUACGCAAAGAAAAACAAUCUCUAGAAAAGAAAGUGACCAAUUUAAGUUCUCGGUUGACGAAAGUUCUUCAUGAUGUUCAAGAGGAAAAAGAAAUGAACAAAUGUCUCUCUCAAAAUCAAGAUCUAUGGUCUCAAAAGUUUCAAUCGACGGAAUCAAAUUUGAAAACUUCCAUCGACAAGAAGGACAAGGAAAUCGAAGACCUUAAAGAACAAGUUAGAGAUCUAAUGUUCUUCGUCGAAGCUCAAAAUAAACUGAAAGAUGUUAAAGAUGUUUCUCAAGAUGAAAUCGAGGAAAGUUCAAUUGUGGUCGGUGCAGCAUCACGAUUGUCGAAAGCACGUCGAGCACGAAAAAGAUGAUCGAACUACGAAAAAAUAUCAUUUAAGUCAUGAUUUGAGCUUCUAAUCCUGUUAAAGUAUUACUAUCAUUUACUAUUUUAAUUUAUCUUGUUAAAUCGAUUUUCAAUUGUUAAUAUAUUCUAAAAACAAAAUCUAAUAUAUUUGAUCUGAGAUCGGAAAUUUAGUUCGAUCAGAAUGAGAAUUUUGUAAAUAUCAAUUAUCAUUAUUAUUGAAUUUCUUUGAUGUAAACAAGUUACUAAUUAUUACAUGGGAUUCAAGGAAAUUACAUGUAAAAUCAAUCCCGAUAAUUUCCAAUUACAAUUACAAUUGUAUAAACUAAAUCAAUUCAAUCGAUCGAGAAAGUGACCCAAAAGUCCAACCAAUAAAUGUCAUUAAAUCACAACAA